AUGCCCAGUGCCACCGGCCAGAACUGGGAGAAGUACCAGAAGAACUUCGCCGACGAAGAUGUGCCAGAAAAGAAGAUCACACCCUUGACAGAAGAGGAUAUCCAGGUAUUGAGAACAUAUGGAGCGGCGCCCUAUGCUGCUGCGCUGAAGCAGAUCGAGAAGCAGAUCAAAGAGAAGCAACAAAGCAUCAACGAGAAGAUUGGCGUAAAGGAAUCAGACACUGGUCUCGCGCCUCCUCAUCUCUGGGAUGUCGCCGCCGACCGUCAACGAAUGCAGGAGGAGCAGCCGCUUCAAGUCGCCCGGUGUACCAAGAUCAUACAAGAUGAAAAGGACAGCGAGAAGAGCAAAUAUGUCAUCAACGUCAAGCAGAUCGCAAAGUUUGUCGUCAACCUGGGGGAACGAGUCAGUCCUACAGAUAUCGAGGAGGGAAUGCGCGUCGGUGUUGAUCGCCAGAAAUACUCCAUUAUGCUUCCCCUACCACCCAAGAUCGACCCCAGCGUGACAAUGAUGACGGUGGAAGACAAGCCCGACGUCACGUAUGGAGACGUCGGCGGCUGCAAAGAGCAGAUCGAAAAAUUAAGAGAAGUCGUCGAAAUGCCGCUACUGUCGCCGGAGCGCUUCGUCAAACUCGGAAUCGAUCCUCCGAAAGGUGCCCUGUUAUACGGACCCCCAGGCACGGGGAAGACCCUGUGUGCGCGAGCAGUGGCCAACCGAACGGAUGCUACAUUUAUCAGGGUCAUCGGGUCCGAACUGGUUCAGAAAUACGUCGGUGAAGGUGCAAGAAUGGUUCGCGAGCUCUUCGAGAUGGCGCGAACGAAGAAGGCAUGUAUCAUCUUCUUCGACGAAAUUGACGCGAUUGGCGGCGCUCGAUUCGACGAUGGUGCCGGGGGGGAUAACGAAGUGCAACGAACCAUGUUGGAACUUAUUACCCAACUUGACGGUUUCGACUCGAGAGGAAACAUCAAAGUCAUGUUUGCCACCAACCGACCUUCGACGCUGGACCCAGCCUUGAUGCGACCGGGGCGUAUCGACCGUAAAAUCGAGUUCUCCCUACCUGAUCUGGACGGCCGUGCUGGUAUUCUCAGAAUCCACGCCAAAUCCAUGUCUGUGGAGAGGGAUAUACGUUGGGAGCUCAUAGCAAGAUUGUGCCCCAACUCCACCGGUGCCGAGCUAAGGUCGGUCGCCACUGAAGCUGGAAUGUUUGCCAUUCGUGACAGAAGAAAAUUGACCUCCGAGUCCGACUUCCUCAAGGCAAUCGACAAGGUUAUCAAAGGGAACCUGAAGUUUGGAAGUACAGCGGCAUAUGCACAGUACAAUUAG